CAAUUCGAUUCAGGUAAAUUCAGGUAGUUCGGAGAAGAGUUCGUGGUUCGGUCGUUGGACGAUUGUUUCGAAUCUAUUGAUUCAAAUGUGAAAUAAUGUAGAAGAUUCUUCGUCGUCGACCUGUUUAAAAUAUUCGUUUGUGAUAACGCUUUUCAUCGGCCAACCCGACUUUGCUGUGCGUUUCGUGAUUCGUGUUUUUAUUUUUGGAGGCUCAUAAGAAAAAAUUAUGUUGAGGGCGCGCGUCGUUCGCGGAUGCUCGUCUAUUUGAGUUUCAGCUGCCUGGAAAAAAGCUAUAUUGGAACGCAACAAGUGCGAUUUGGAGUUAUAAUUCGAUCGCGAUCGUUAUUGUUUUUUCGCAAUCUCCAUUUUCCGUCGCGUUUCGGCGCCGACGUCGACUGCGCAGCCGCCGCGACGCGAAAUGUGCAACAACAAGUUUAACAGAAAAUACCAAUACAACGACCAAGUUAACAAAUAUAUUUGAUAGCUGCCUUAAUUUGAUUAGCAGGCCGAAAGUGAAGUGCAAAAAUAAAAAUCAAAAAAGCUAUUGUUUUUCAUCUGAAAGCUGAAAGUGUGGAGCUACAUACAUACACACACACAUACAUUGGAUUAGCAGAGCGCCGAGGCGGGCUGAGAAGAAGAUAGCCGGAGACUCUACCAAAAUUAGAAACAAUAACGUCACACUGGAGUCACAAUACGAUACGAGACACUUCCAAAGCUAAGAGACACCGUCCCUUCCUUCCUUCCGACUUCAACCUGUACAGUAUGUCACAUGAUAAGAAGAUGCUGGACCGCGAGGCAGUUCGUUCAGUGAUACAGCAAUGGAAUGCCAAUCGAUUGGAUCUCUUUGCGCUCUCCGAGCCAGACGAGAACCUGCUCUUCCAUGGCGUUAUGCGCUUCUACUUCCAAGACGCUGGCCAGAAAGUGGCCACCAAAUGCAUUCGCGUGGCCUCCGAUGCCACAGUCACAGAUGUCAUAGACACACUGAUUGAGAAAUUCCGUCCCGAUAUGCGGAUGCUAUCCGUUCCCAACUACGCCCUCUACGAGGUGCAUGCCAAUGGCGAGGAGCGGCGACUGAACGCCGAUGAGAAGCCACUGUUGGUGCAACUCAACUGGCACAUCGACGAUCGUGAGGGUCGCUUCCUGCUGAAGAACAUUGACCAGAAAACCACACCCAUCGAACAGACAGAUCUGAACUUCAAGCGGAAGCUCUCCAAGCGCGAGAAGAAGGAGCAGAAGAAGAAGGAGAAGAUGGCCAAGCUCAGCUCUGAUCCUCCCACCGCCAAUGGCAACCAGCUGGGCAUUGGCAACGGCAUCGGCGGAUCCGCGGGGUCGGCUCACAUGAACGGCAACGCCGGCGGCAGCGGAGGAGAUGGUGGCGAUGCCGUGGCAGGGAAGCUGUACACCGAACUGCCGGAAACCUCGUUCACACGAUCGAUCUCAAACCCGGAGGCCGUUAUGCGAAGACGCCGCCAGCAGAAGCUGGAGAAGAAGCUGCAACAGUUUCGAUCGCGUGACGGCGGCCCCGACACGGGAGGAACGCUCAAGAUUUAUGGCGAGAGUCUAUGCCAGGACGUGCCAUACAAGACCCUGCUGCUCUCCAUCCGGGACUGUGCCCAGGCAGUGGUCCGGGAAAUGCUCACCAAAUACGGACUAGAGAAAGCCGAUCCUCUUCACUACUGCCUAGUUCAGGUCAACAGCGACGGAACGGAGUACAUACUUGACGACGAUGAGUGCCCGCUAUCGAUACUCAUGAAUCACCCAACGUCACGAGGUUCCAUUAUGUUUCACGUGCGGCGCCGGCCGGCGGACUCCCAGCCGCGGAGACGCAAAAAGAAGCCACUGGGAGCGUCCAAUGGGGCCAACCACAUGUCCGGCGAUCGCGAGGGACCUGUCCUGGUGGAGGUGACCCACAGCGGCGAUGGCGGCCGGCGCAUCAAGCUGGGCAGCGAUCCAGUGGAGGUGGGAUCUGCAAACACCAACUGCCUGCAGCUGUUUGGACCCUCGAUCCAGCCGAGGCACUGCCUCAUCUCGCUGCUGGAGGGCGUCUGCACGGUGACCCCGCUGCACACCGACGCCCUGACCUUUGUCAAUGGCCACCACAUCAGCCAGCCGACCAUUUUGCAUAACGGCUCGGUUGUGAUGUUUGGACGCGUGGCCUCCUACCGAUUCCUCGACUCCCCCACGGACGGACGCUACAAUCUGGCCCUGUCCCAGUCCCAGUUGGACUCGGCAUGUCUCUACGAGAGUCGCUCACCCACAUCCCCCGGUUCCUGGAACGACGAGGAUGGAGCCCUGAGCUCGACCCACAAAAGCGACUACGACCAUCAUCAGCAGUCGAACCAGUCGAGUGCCUAUCACAACAACAACAACUCCAGUGACCAUCCCCUCAGCAGCACCCUGAGAGACACGGUGGACAGCAAGGCGGGACAGGAUCAGGUGGGCGGCGGCUACGAUGGCCAAAGCCUGGAGGGCAACCUGGAGAACGAGACCAAGUCGAUUUCCAGCAUGAAGUCAGGUGGUUCCACCAGCCAGGAUCGGUCACCCAAGAUGCCAGGGUCUGGUCUUAUGGCCGGCGGCGGCAGCGGCUCCGGAGACGGGCAGGGACAAGAGCCCAUUCUGCCGGCGGUCCUUGAGUUUCCAGAGACGCACCAGGAGCUUUUUCUGCGUCACAUCAUCAGUGAGCUGGAUGUAAAUGUUCCGCACUUUAAGCUGGCGCCCGUCUACUCGCUCUACCUGUGCGCCAGAUACCGGGCCUCCACGCACUACCGCCCGGAGCUGCAGCCCACGGAGCGCGCCCACAAGCUGACCAUCUUCCUGCACCACGUGGCCAACUUGGUCUACAGCGUGGUCCAGGAACAGUACACCGACCCCCGGAUCCUGGCCUUUUGGAUGGCCAACAGCUCGGAGUUUCUGCACUUCCUGAAGUCGGACCGCCACAUCAGCGCCUUCAGCGUCCAGGCCCAGGAGGUGCUGGCCGAGGCGGUCCAGACGGCGUUCCGCAACCUGGUCAACUGCUUCCGCCUGGAGCUCUCACAGACUCUCAACCAGUUUCUCUCGGAGACCAUCGACCACGACUCGGCGGCGGGACUAGUGCUCACCGUCCUGGGCUCCGCCAUGGCCUUGCUGAGGAGGUGCCGCGUGAAUGCCGCCCUCACCAUCCAGCUCUUCUCCCAGCUGUUCCACUACAUCAAUGUCAUAUGUUUCAAUACGAUUGUGGCGAACUCCCACAUGUGCACGGCGGACUGGGGCAAGGUGAUGACUGAGCGACUCCAGCUAUUGGAGCUGUGGGCCGAGCGGCAGGGUCUGGAGUUGGCCGCCGACUGCCACCUGGCUAAGAUCAACCAGUGCGCCCAGUUCCUGCAGGCGCCCAAGUCCUCCGUGGAGGAGAUCCAGCAGCUGGCGUGCUCUUGCUUCCGUCUCAACUCUCUUCAAAUGGCCGCCCUGCUGCAGCAGGAGAAGCUGCCCCGCAACCUGGUGGACACAGCCAUCCGGAUGGCCGAGUCCGUGGCCGACGAACUGACCCGCGCCGAUGGACGCGAGGUCCGCCUGGAGGAGUCGCCAGAGCUUCACUUGGCGCUGCUACUGCCCGAUGACGGAUUCAGCUGCGACGUGGUCCGAAGCAUACCCACCGGCCUGGUCGACUUCCUCAAUCCUCUGCAGCAGCAAGGCAUGUGCCGGCUGGCAGCCCAACCCACGUCGAUUGGGCUCUGGACGGUCUACAUGCACCAGUUCAAUGCCCGCAGCUCCAGUGCAAUGUCCAACAAGCUGCCGCAGCCCGAACUCCAGCUGAUCAAGCUCCACAAAAACAGCAACGGCAUGGGCCUGUCCAUAGUGGCGGCCAAGGGGGCCGGUCAGGAGAAGCUGGGGAUCUACAUCAAGAGCGUGGUGCCCGGAGGAGCGGCCGAUGCGGAUGGCCGCCUGCAGGCUGGAGAUCAGCUGCUCCGCGUAGAUGGACAAAGCCUUAUUGGCAUCACCCAGGAAAGGGCUGCGGAUUACUUGGUGCGAACAGGCCCGGUGGUCAGCCUGGAGGUAGCCAAGCAGGGAGCCAUCUACCACGGACUGGCGACACUGCUACAGCAACCUAGUCCGGUCAUCCAGCGUGGUAAUCGACGUAUGUCCGAGCGCGACCUGACGCGAAUGGGCGGCGCCGAGUCGACCAAGUCCCUGGGGCCACUGCUGGCCAACAGUCACCCGAAUCACAGCCUCAGUCUCAGCCAGCACCUGAACAGCAGCCAUAGCAACACCCUCGGCAAUAGCAACAAUAGUAGCAUCAUCAAUCCAUUAGCUGCACACCUUCCGAACAGCAAGUCGGUGCCGGCCUUGCAUCACCACACGGGAUCGGGUACCAUAUCCCUGGCCAAUUCAAAGUCACGCAGCACGCACAGUUUGCAUAACAAUACAUCGGGCAUGGGCAUAGGAGGAGGAGUAGGAGGAGGAGUCGGUAGUGGAGCCGGAAUGCUGGGUCACCCAAAUGGCAGCCACAGCAAUGCAAAUGGAAAUGGAAAUGGCAACGGCAAUGGGAACGGCAACGAGCAGGGAUUCUAUCAGAAUCUCAGUGUAUAUCGGGCACAGAAUCAGAGUCAGCCGAUACUGAAUGAAAGACCGCCGAUGCCCGCACAUGCCGCCAUGAGCGGGUACAAUGGCAGUUCCCCGCUUGCAGCCGCCACUCUGCCACAGCAGCAGCAACAACCGUCGCCCUACCAGCAGCAGCAGCACCUGCAGGCCAACGCUAACCUGCCGCCCACUCGUCCCGUUUCCGCCUACUACCACAGCCAGCAGACGGCGCAGCAGCAGCUCCAGCAGCAACAGCAACAGCAGCAACAACAGCAGCAGCAGCACACCCUGCAGCAGCAGCAGUUCGCCCACAGCAGCAGCAAUCUCAAUGGCCAGCAGCAGCCACAGCACCAGCUCACCCUCAACAACCGCGCCAAGAGCCAGCAGAACUUCCAGCACACCCUGCGCAUGCAGCACAUGAUGGCUCCAUCGAUGCCCAACAUCAGCAACAUGUACCACCAGCAGCAGCAGCAGCAGCAACAACAGCAGCAGCCACAGUUGCCCCUGCAACAGCAGCAGCAGCACCAGCAGCAACCCCUGAUGAGCAGCAGCCAGAGCAUGCAGAAUGUGAACGAGUUCGGAGGAGGCUAUCAGAACGGUGGCCUGGAGUACCGACGCAGCCAGCUCCAUGAACCCCCCACGCUCUACGAGCUCCAGCAGCAACAGCCGUCGCCCAACUUCAUAGCCCUGCCACCAAAGCCCUUGGGCAGCCUGCAAUCCCCCAAUAAGCCAGCAGCUCCACCGAGCACGGCGCCCAAGCCACAGCAGCAACAACAGCGAAUGGCCCAGGGCGCCUACCUGGGGCAACCAUUGAUGGCGGAGGACAAGCCGCCGCUGCCACCCACAGCAACGCAUCCGCUGUACAAGGCCUCGCAGCAACUGGCUCCGGGCAUGAACUAUGUGGCCAGCACUUUGGAUCCCCCCAAGGGCAGCUAUGUGCCGGCCAACCAGGCGGCCAAUCGGGCGCUUCACAGCGGCGGCAAUCCCUGGGAGCGGGAAGAGCGCGAAAAGGAUCUGGAGAUGCGACGCGAGCACAUCCGUCAGUGGCGGGAGCAACAGAUAUCGGAGCUCUCGCAGAUUGUAUCCCGCUCGCCCAUGCAGGAGGAGCAGCUGAAGACGCUGAUCCUGGAGCGGGACUUUGAGCGACGAGCGCAGGAGUUGCAGGAGCAGGAGGAUCAGGAUCACGAGCAGCAAUACGACAAGGAGAAUGUACAGGAGCUGUUCCGACUGGCUGGAGGUGGCCAGGUCAGUGCCAUACAAACCCCCAUCACCAGCUUCCGUCAGACAGAGAUCAAGCUGGCGGAGAUCACGGACAGCAGCAGCCAGAUUGAUGCGGCGCCUGCACCAGCUCCCCCGGCUCCAGCUGCCCCAUCCGUGGGCAGCACCCAGCAGCCGAAGAGCAUUCUCAAGCAUAACAGAUACUCGGAAGGUGGAGCCGGAAGCAGUGGCGCCCCUUCGUCGCCGUCCAAGUCCCAAAAGUCGGCUAGUUUUGCUGACGAAAGGCACCUGCAGACCGAGCACCCGAUAUCCAGCCUGGCCAAGGAGCUCAACCAGCUCACCAUGCUGGACAAAGACAACAACAACGAGGCCGUUGAUGCUGUAGUGCCCCCGCCACCGCCGCCAGAGAGGAAUAGCUCCUACCUGAUAAUGUCGCAGCAGAAACUGCGUGCCAGCACUGGAAGCUCCACCAGCUCCAUGGGUCUGCUGAAGACUGCCACCAGCAAUCAGGCAGCUGUGGCUGUGGAGAUCAAGAAGGCGUCCCUCCUGAACACCCAAUCCAACAACAACAAUAAUAACAACAAUCUGGCGGGAAGCCUGAACAACAACACCAUGCAGGCGUCACCCUUGAGCGCCAUGGAACUGAAUGCUGCCUAUGUUUCGGCCACGGGGACGGGAAUGAUGGGCAGCUUGGGCACGCCUCCUCCACCACCGCCUUUGAUGCAGCGGGACAACAAGCGGGUUAGCUUCCAUGACGAGGAGAACAACUUUGUUGGCGGCACCAAUCCCCAACAGCAGCAGUACAUCAUGGACAACUAUGGCAUGGAGCACCAGGACUUGGAUACCAUCAGAGAAGACACCAGUUUUCUGCAGCAAAGUCUGGAUGCCUCCAUGUUGCCCUCGAUGCCAGCCACUCCCGAUGCCGCCCUCUGGAACACCACAGUGCAGUCUACGCCCGGCGUUAUAGGAGCGCAAGAAGUGUACAGAGAUCCGCGCCAGCGUCGCCUGGCGGAAAAGCAACAGCAGCAACAACAACAGCGAGCUGGAGACGCGGUGCCGGAGAAGCUCUCCUUCAAGGAGAAGAUGAAGAUGUUCGCCCUGGAGUCGGGAGAGGAUAACACGCCCAAGGACAAGCUGAAGAUAUCACGGGCCCAGCGGGACAUCGAUGCGGUGCACUAGAAAGGAUUAGGAGGAAUCAUUGCUAUCUGCUAUGUACAUACACACCCGAACCCACAAAGCUUACACUUCAAUAUUUUGGGGCCAAGUUGCUACGUUAGCCUCCAUAGGACGCGUACAUACCUAGACCGAGUUAUAUACAUAGUUAUCCAGUAACGAUAGAAACAAACCUAACGAAUUUGCUUAGCAAGGCAAUAGAAAUCCACGGCUAUAGCGCUUCAGAGUUAAUUACCACACAAACGAAAUGUUAACUGAAUUCAAUUAGUGAGAAUUGUCAGUGUAUAUCGCUAUAGUCUAUAUAUACGAUUAUAUAUACAAAACUGUAACGAGCCUGAGCCUGGCAACGAAAGGGGGGCGAGCCACAUUUGUAAAGCGUUUUGAACAUUUUAAAUUAAACUUAACGAUUAACCCUACGAUUAACAAUUUGUUACAUCAGAUUACCGAAUACAAUUUAUGGUUAGACAAGAGUGUAAAUGAGCCGAGUUAGACUAGAUAUACAUUACAUAUACAUAUACUUACCUGGGAACCGAGCGGAACAAGAAACGUUUAUAUAUAUUAUACUCUAAGCCACAACAACGUUAAAACAAAUGGUCCAAUUAUUCAAUUACAAAUGCUAUAUUUACAAAACCACGAACCACAAAUGAAUAAUUCAAAUGUUCAAAAAUAAUAUAUAUAUUUUUAAUUAAAGCCUCUUUUUUAAACCAUUUUGGAUGCGAAUAGGCAUACUAAUGAACAACUAUAAAUUGUUAAAUAUUAUGCGUACCAAUUUAAAAA